CUCAAGGCUCUUCCUCCAAUCGCAUCUUUGCAGCUCUGCAUCCGAGCCGAGAUUACCUUGGUCCUCACUCAUACCGUCUGAACAACAGACAGGAGUGGCUUCGCUUCUGCAAAGACAGAUCAGCUACAGCUAGAGCGGACUUUAUUGCCCUCUGUUGCAUACACAUAUAGCCUGCCAUGUCGGACCACGAGGAUGCAGGAAAUGAUGCUGAGGGGUGAGUCUCUACCGGCGGAUGCAGGAUCGUCUGAAUCUCAUGAUGGAAGACGACAGUGGCAUGACUCAGGCUGCCAAGCUCAUAGCGAGCCAUGAUCGCUGAUGCUUCCAUUUGCGUCUCGUCUUCCCACCCACGCAGAUACUACGAGGAGCAGUACGACGACCCAGACGUGAUGGACUUUGAUCCCGAAGCCGACUUCGACCAAGACGGUACAGCCACAGGAGGUCAGGGUGGUCUGGAUCAUCCGGGAGCAGGCGGUGGUGGGGUUGGGCCUAAUGGGAUCGUGGAGAGUGGGGAUCCGGCAGCGUAUGGUGGGACUGGGGCGGGGCCGAAUACAGAGAGGAUCACAACGCCGUACAUGACCAAAUACGAGCGAGCAAGAAUCCUAGGGACAAGGGCACUGCAGAUCAGCAUGAAUGCUCCCGUCCUGGUGCCGACAGAAGGAGAGACGGACCCCCUGGCGAUCGCAAUGAAGGAGCUGGCACAGAAGAAGAUUCCUCUGAUCAUCCGGAGAUAUCUUCCUGACGGCAGCUACGAGGAUUGGGGAGUACAGGAGCUCAUCAUCACAGAGUAGAAGCGGGAGUCACGGGUUGUCAGGGAGCUCCAUGGUGGGCAAGGCGCAUCUAUUGUUCUGCAGAGUCUCCUACAAAAGCAUAUAAUCAAUCGUCAUCAGCAAAGCUUCGUGUGCAGGUCUGAUCUGUCUGAUCUCCUGACUCAAACUCAGCUGGACAUUGAGACGCCCACACUCUGGCAGAAGCGAUGGCGUGGGGACGCCCAAUGGGGCUGUGCACAGCAGCAGGAUCGCGGAGCCUUGCCCUUUCCAGAUGACCUCCUUUCCAGCUCUUUCCCAGACAAAAUGGCCAGUA